GAGCGCCGCGGGCAGCACCCACCAACAGGCUCUCCUAGGAAGCAACGUUUUAAAAGCCGGGUUCCUAACUAGAAAGAUGCAAAACCGUAAUAUCCAUGAAGAUCCUAUUACCUAGGAAGAAUUUGACAUUUUGCUGCGAACGCUGUGUUGGGAUUGAUUUAUUCUUGGAGUGCUCUGCACGGCUGGCAAAGAAUAAUGUUCCAAAAUCGGUCCAUCUCCCAAGGGGUCCAAUUUUUCUUCCUGGGUGUCAGCGAGCCCUGACUCACUACAGUGCAGCUGACAGGGGCUGCCAUGCUUGUGGCACACUAAGCAAAAAACAAAAGACCUAAGGACGACCUUUGAACAACACAAAGGAUGGGUUUCAAUGUAAUUAGGCUACUGAGCGGAUCAGCUGUAGCUCUGGUAAUAGCCCCUACUGUAUUACUGACAAUGCUUUCUUCUGCUGAACGAGGAUGCCCUAAGGGCUGUAGGUGUGAAGGCAAAAUGGUAUAUUGUGAAUCUCAGAAAUUGCAGGAGAUUCCCUCAAGUAUAUCUGCUGGUUGUUUAGGUUUGUCCCUUCGAUAUAACAGCCUCCAAAAACUAAAAUACAAUCAAUUUAAAGGUCUUAAUCAACUCACCUGGCUCUAUUUAGACCAUAACCACAUCAGCAAUAUUGACGAAAAUGCUUUCAGUGGAAUACGCAGACUAAAAGAGUUGAUCUUGAGUUCCAACAGAAUCUCCUAUUUUCUUAAUAAUACCUUCAGACCUGUGACAAAUCUCCGGAAUUUGGAUCUAUCAUACAAUCAGCUGCAGUCUCUGGGAUCUGAACAGUUCAGGGGCUUAAGGAAGCUGCUGAGUUUACAUUUGCGGUCCAAUUCCCUGAGAACCAUCCCUGUUCGAAUAUUUCAAGAUUGCAGGAACCUUGAACUGUUGGACCUGGGUUAUAAUCGCAUCCGGAGUUUAGCAAGGAAUGUCUUUGCAGGUAUGAUCAGACUGAAAGAGCUUCAUCUGGAGCACAAUCAAUUUUCUAAGCUCAAUCUGGCACUUUUUCCAAGGCUAGUCAGCCUUCAAAACCUUUAUUUACAGUGGAAUAAAAUCAGCGUGAUAGGACAAACCAUGUCUUGGACCUGGAGCUCAUUACAAAGACUUGAUUUAUCUGGCAAUGAAAUAGAAGCUUUCAGUGGACCUAGUGUUUUUCAGUGUGUGCCCAAUUUACAGCGCCUCAACCUGGAUUCAAACAAGCUCACAUUUAUUGGUCAAGAAAUUUUGGAUUCUUGGAUAUCUCUCAAUGACAUCAGCCUUGCCGGGAAUAUAUGGGAAUGCAGCAGAAACAUUUGCUCUCUGGUAAACUGGCUUAAAAGUUUUAAAGGGCUGAGGGAAAAUACAAUUAUUUGUGCCAGCCCCAAAGAGCUGCAAGGGGUGAAUGUUAUCGAUGCAGUGAAAAACUACAGCAUCUGUGGCAAGAGUACCACGGAAAGGUUCGAACUAGCACGAGCUCUCCCAAAGCCAACAUUUAAACCAAAACUCACCAGGCCUAAACACGACAGCGAGCCCCCUCUGCCCCCAACUAUGGGAGCCACCGAAGCCAGCUCUGAGCCCGAGCACGACACAGAACACAUCUCCUUCCAUAAAAUCAUAGCAGGCAGCGUGGCUCUCUUCCUGUCGGUGCUGGUGAUCCUGCUGGUGAUCUAUGUGUCAUGGAAGCGCUACCCUGCCAGCAUGAAGCAGCUGCAGCAGCGCUCUCUCAUGCGAAGGCACAGGAAAAAGAAAAGACAGUCGCUGAAGCAAAUGACUCCAAGCACACAGGAAUUUUAUGUAGAUUACAAACCCACCAACACUGAGACCAGUGAGAUGCUGCUGAAUGGAACAGGACCCUGCACGUAUAACAAAUCAGGCUCCAGGGAAUGCGAGGUAUGAACCAUUGUGAUAAAAGAGCUUUUAAAAGCUGGGAAAUAGUGGUGCUUUAUUGAACUCUAGGGACUAUAAAGGGAACGUUUUUCUCACUUUUCUGGCACAGCUCUUCCAUGUCCCUUUUCUGUACAUUCAUAAUACUGGUCAUUUUACUCUCAUACAUAAUCAGCUCAUUGAGAUUUAAAUACCGCAAUCAAUGUGAAGCCUGAGCUCUGGUUUAAUACAAUACCUAUUGUACAAACCCUCUACAGAUCUCAUUAAAGUCUCUCUUGUUUUUAAAUAGAAAACUUCUUUCAUAAGUAAUCCACUGCACCUGCACCAACUGUGCCUCUGUUUAGGGAGAAAAAUGACAACAAUGAAAAAAAAAAAAAAUCAAAUUCAGGUUAUCCCAUUCUGCCCCCCCAAACCCAGUCCUUGCUCUAAAACUCAAUUUUUGAGCCCAGAAUGAAGUAAAGAUCCAGGUACUGUAGUAUCAUAUGAAUUCUGAGUUGUCUGAGGAUAGAGAUGGUGCAGGAACAGCUCUGAAAAAAGGCCUGAUUGCUGCCCAACACAAGAGAGACUAAAAAGCACCCCUAAGUAUUACACCAGAGGCGAAGCAGAGGGAAACCUAGGCUUAAUAAAAAAUUAAAAAUAAAAAAGGACAGUGGUAUAUACUGUACUGCAUUAUACCACAGUGUUUCUAGGGCUGGUAGCUAGCAAUUGAAACCUGUUUAUGUGACUUCAUACAAAAGGUGCCAGUGUUUAUCCCUACAUCCAGUUGCCUUUCAGAAAAUAGUCAAAAGGCAUUCAUUAGAUGAGGAGCAGAAAUUCCUUAUUGAUGCAAUUAGAGGAACUCAAAUGUGCAGCAGCAAAAGCAAGACCACUUCCUGCACACAUUUGUUUCAGCUCUCAUUAGAAAUUCUCCUUUCAGGACUGUCAAAGGCAUUUAUGUAGCUGAGGAAACCAUUAAAAUCCAUCAUUUUCUUCUGUUUCUGUUUAUUGG